UGCUCCAUCCCUUCCAGCGGCAGGCGGAGAGAAGAGAAAGGGUCUGUUGUUUUUCUCUGCUUGUUUCUCUCGCUCACUGCUGAUCACCAAGCUGCUGACCAGGUCAGAAAGCCCGAAUGGAAAUCCGCCAGUGCCAGGCAGGCUCCUCCUCCUUCGGGGAGCUUGUCCUUGACUGAUUUUUCUUUGUCCCGAUGGGGAAAAAAGAGAGAGCGAGAAAGAAAAAAGAAAAACCACAAACUUCCUUUGAAAACCAGCGCUUGUAGACCGGGCCUGGAGCGCGCGCCCUAGACGCGGCGACUCAGAAAACCUGAAGACGCUCUGAGCGGUCUGGGCGCACCUGGGCUGCACCCCUGCCUGCCUGCACCCUUCUCCAGGGCCCCCCGGUCGUGGGCGUGAGCCCGGAAGCAGCCGCGAGCCAGCCGGGACCGCCGCUCGUAAACCUGGGGAAACCUGUGUAGACUCUGGCGUUGACAGCUGGGAGGCGGCCGGGACUGUGGCGGCGCCCCUCUCUGAGCCCACCUCCCUCACCGCAGUCCCGAAGUUGAACCCUCCUUCUAAGUCCUGGAACAGCCCCCACUUCUUUAAGGAAAGCUGAUGCCACCCAAUGUCUUCAAUCCCACCAGAAUUAUCCCUUCCAAACCUUCGAGUCCUGUACCCUCUUUGGUCCCAUCAGGUCACAGCAAGUUAGAGGUGACAGCUCGGCCUCGGACCCUUCUGUUUAACCUAAAACUGUACUGCCUGUAGCCUGGAGUGGCUGAACAGACGCUCAGCAAGCCUUCUGCACUACAUUCCUUUUCCGAGAUUUUUCUGGGUCUGUUUACUUUUCAGCCCAAUGAUUUCCUUCUUAUUGGAUCCGUCUCCCUUUUGCUUAUCAAGCUUAGAGUAAGGUCAGUCUCUGAGGACAGUAAAGUCCUUUGGUGCCCUCAGUCAGCCCUUCCUGACCAUGGAGCACCAUCAGCCUGAGCAUCCAGCCCCUGGUGAGGCCAGGACUGAAGAAGCAGUCAGCCCGGAAAACCACAAGGCCUUGUCAGAACCCAAAGAGCGCCCUCAGGACAAGGAUGCCAAAGAGGCGGACGGGGCAGCUGGAGAGCAGGAGCCAGUAGACCAAGCUUCACUGCCAGCCCAAGGCCAGGAUGAGUUCAAGUCCCCUCCACCAGAUGCUAGCUCAAGCCAGCCAGGGCCAGCCCAAGAGACUCCACCUGAGUCAGAGACAGCAGAGGCCUGCUUCAGGCUCCAGGAGCUUCCCCAGGCCCCUAGGGCCCAACAGCCUGAGCUAGACUUCUACUGUGUCAAGUGGAUCCCCUGGAAAGGAGAACAGACACCUAUCAUCACCCAGAGCGCCAACGGCCCUUGCCCUCUCAUCGCCAUCGCGAACAUCCUUUUUCUUCAGUGGAAGGUAAAGCUGCCACCUCAGAAGGAAGUGAUCACGUCCGAUGAGCUCAUGGCCCAUCUUGGAGACUGCCUUCUGUCCAUCAAACCUCAGGAAAAGUCAGAGGGACUUCAGCUUAAUUUUCAGCAGAAUGUGGACGAUGCAAUGACGGUGCUGCCUAAACUGGCCACAGGUCUGGAUGUCAAUGUGCGCUUCACAGGUGUCUCUGAUUUUGAGUAUACACCUGAGUGCAGUGUCUUUGACCUCCUUGGCAUACCUCUGUACCAUGGCUGGCUUGUUGAUCCACAGAGUCCUGAGGCUGUGAGUGCAGUCGGGAAGCUGAGCUACAACCAGCUGGUGGAGAAGAUCAUCACCUGCAAGCACUCCAGUGACACCAACCUCGUGACGGAAGGCCUGAUUGCAGAGCAGUUCCUGGAGACCACUGCUGCCCAGCUGACCUACCAUGGUCUAUGUGAGCUAACAGCAGCUGCCAAGGAGGGCGAACUUAGCGUCUUUUUCCGAAACAACCACUUCAGCACUAUGACUAAGCAUAAGGGCCACUUGUACCUACUGGUCACUGACCAGGGCUUUCUACAGGAGGAGCAAGUGGUGUGGGAGAGCCUGCACAAUGUGGACGGAGACAGCUGUUUCUGUGACUCUGACUUUCACCUCAGUCACUCCCCGGGCAAGGGACCCGGGCCAGGAGGUGGGAGUGGCUCCCCAGAAAAGCAGCGGCAGGUGGACCAGGACUACCUGAUCGCCUUGUCCCUGCAGCAGCAGCAGCCCCCGCCCCAGGGCACGUCGGGUCUGAGUGACUUGGAACUGGCCCAGCAGCUUCAGCAAGAGGAGUACCAGCAGCACCGGGCGGCCCAGCCUGCCCCUGCGCGGGCCCCAUCACCGCAGGGGAGAGGAGCCGCAUCUGGACGCCCAGCUGCUGAGCGUCGGCAAAGGCCGAAGCAAGAGUCCGACUGUGUCCUCCUGUAGUCCUGCCCGGGCCCGGCUGCCUUGCCUCCGCUUUCAGAGGCGAGGGCUAUUUGCUUGCUCCCCCUCAACUUGAGAUAUGCAGGGUAACUUAUUUAUGGGAUAUUGGGGAUCAGAGCAGGCAGUGAACGCUAAGGUCAGACUUGGUGACCUCUUUGCCCUCAUGUGCUGCCUCCUCUUCCUCCCAACCAUCCAGGGCAACAUUGGAGUUGAUGGGGUGAGGAUUUCUGAUUUCUAACUCUUUUCCCCCAGAAUAGUCACAUUAAUGUACAGACUCAGGCUCCAGGGUGAAGUCCCUGUCUGUCUAGAAUCCAUCUCCCCUACUUCCCACCCCUGAAUGGCUGGGUCAUCCUAUAGGCCCAUCCGAAUCCAUCCAUCCAUCCGUUUGUUUCAGGUUUUGAUUUGGGUUUCUAUCUCAAUUAUUUGUAAUGCCUUCCUAGGAAUUUGGAAAUAAAACCUUUCCUGAAGUCUGCUGUUUGCCUUACCCUGCAGCUAUGCUGU